AUGCUGGGGCUGAGCAUGAAGGAGAGAGAGGAUGUGAAGGUAGCGGAUGCUGAGGAUGUGAAGGUAGCGGAUGCUAAGGAUGCUGAGGAUGUGAAGGUAGCGGAUGCUAAGGAUGCUGAGGAUGUGAAGGUAGCGGAUGCUAAGGAUGCUGAGGAUGUGAAGGUAGCGGAUGCUAAGGAUGCUGAGGAUGUGAAGGUAGCGGAUGCUAAGGAUGCUGAGGAUGUGAAGGUAGCGGAUGCUAAGGAUGCUGAGGAUGGCAUGUCUUCCGGGGAGGAGAGAGCAUCGGGUGAUGAGUCAGAUGCAGAGGAGGAGGACAGCAGGGAGCAGGACUACAAGAGGAAAUACCAGGAGGCUGUCAAGAAGCUCGGUCUAGACCAUGACAAGACGCUGAUGAAGGCGCUGCGACUUGUCAGCUGCUACAUCGGGCGAUACAAGCUGAACGAUACGAAUGAAGUGUUGGAUGAGAUCAUGAGCCUGUGCAAGUCGAGGGGAGGAAAGUUCUACAUCAAGGCGAUUCAGAGCAGAGCCUUCUGCUACUUCAAGCAGUACAGGUUCAAAGAAGCGCUCGAGCUCUUCCACGAGCAAGCAAACUUGGUCGGCCCAAGCUCGGCACUUUAUGAGAACAUGGCGCACACUUACAACAGCAUCGGCGACUACGACAACGCAGCGAGCUACUUCAGCAAGGCGAUGGAGCUGUUGGGUCAAGGGUCCUACGGCAAGAAAGGAGGCAUCCUGCUUGGUCUCGGGUUGGUGAAGGAGCGACAGGGGAACCCGAGAGAGGCUCUUCCUAUCCUGCAGGAGGCUCUGGACAGCUACAAGGCGGAGUACAAGUCAGAGGACGCGACGUCGCUCAUCGCCAAGGCUCACAUGUCAGUCGGUCAAUGUCACGAGCUGCUGGGGGAGCUCAAGGAGGCGCAGAGUCACAUCAGAGACGCGGUCAGCAUCUUCAGGAAGACCGUCGGCGACUCCUCCCCGCUCACCGCCAACGCCCUGGGAGUCCUCGGGCGCAUUCUGGUAGCGCAGGACAGGAGGGAGGAGGCAGAGCCUCUGCUGCUGGAGGCCCUCGAGCUGGAGGCCUGCAAGGACGCGUUUCAUCCCGACACCGUGUGGCGGCUGCUGAACCAGCUCAAGGAGCUGUGGACUGAAGGAGGCAGCAACAUCGGGAUCGCGGCUCUCAACAGCAAAUGCCGGAGAUACGUGCCCGUCAUCGAGCGCUGCGACGUUCGGAUCUGCGAGCUGAAGCUUGAUCAGGCGACGCCCGUUGCUCCCUUCAAGGCUGACCUCGGAACCAUCGCGGUGAUCUACAAGACCGCAGGAGAGCUCGUGAUGCUCGCCGGCCUCUACGAGCAGGCGAAGCCUCUGCUGCGAAAAGCUCUUUCUCUCCUCGAGCGCAUCCCCGACUUCGACUGCUCUGUGCUCAUUCAGAGCUGCGUCUCUAGCCUGCGCUUCCUGGAAGACGUGGCUCGCUGA